UGUUACCAGGGAUCACCUGUUGUUUUUGCAUGUAUACACAUGCUUCUUGUGUCAGAUACCCAAUAUUCAAUCAAAUGAAUCCCCUGGUGACUUUUACUUUUAUCUCCUUCAAUGAAACACCGGCAGCCUUAUUGUGGUGUUUUGUCUAUGAAUUUCGAGAUCGGAGAUCAAUGUUCCAAUCCCGCCAACCAGCUAAUCCCCUCUUUAUCUGCACUCAUUAUACAACUGUGUUAACACACACCUGAGACCGUUUCUCGAACAGACGGUCUCAAUCCAGUCCUCUCAAAACGGAACCUACACAUACCAUUUAAUCUCGCCGCUACUACGCUCACACUUGCUUGUCGAAAUGUCUCCCACAACCACAGGCUCUCUGCCCAGUAGUACCGAUGCUGAUGGUAAUUCGGGCGACAAUAACUCUAGUCCAACUAGUUCCCCUUUACUCUUUUUUGUUGCUCUUGGAUUUGGUGUGGUAUUUACAAACCUAUGGAUCAUAGUCGGGGUUAAGUACUGCUUUCGGUAUAAUCAACGAAAUCGCCAGUUGCGAAAUGAAGAAACAGGGGAGCCUAUAAACCUUGUGACAAUGCCCCGAACCCACAGGAGACGGAGAGAAAAGAAGUUAAUGAGUAUGGACGAGGUGAAUGAGCGAUUUCCGCUUAUGAAAUAUAAAGCCUGGAGGUCAACACGUGCAGACGAAGGCCUCCCUACUGCUGGUGGGAUAUCAGCGCCAACUACCCGGGCACACAGUUUGAAGGACGAGAACAAAGCUUUUACGAUCGCUGCCGGCGGUGAUUCACCUGUAGCUACCUCGACAGAAAAGGGCCAGCACUGUACCGUGCUACAGACGUCGGACAAUGCCCAGAAUGCCGAAGCGGGAUUCAAGGAAUUGGAUAAAUCCGAGCGACAAAACCAUGCUGAAGGCAACCUAUCCCGCGCCUGUCCUGAUAACACCCCCAUUAAGACGAAUGCCGUCUCCGGAGACCCAGUCGCACAUCAACGACAGGAAUACAAUUUUGUCGAAGACGUCGAUGACAUUGAUAGUCAAAUCCGAACUUCUCUGUCCGCUGAACUUUUGCCAAAUCUCGGUGACUCGUGUGCCAUCUGCCUUGAUAUGAUUGAAGACGAUGAUGAUAUACGGGGGCUUACAUGUGGACACGCAUUCCACGCCUCCUGUGUUGAUCCGUGGUUAACGAGCCGAAGGGCUUGCUGUCCAUUAUGCAAAGCUGAUUAUCAUGUUCCCAAGCCCCGACCCGACCCAUAUGAACAGUCGGCGCUCGGGGAUCGCAUAGCCCGACACAGUGCAAACCGGAUGCCUGUUCCAAGCCAACCUCAGGCCGUGUUUUUAGGGGGCCGCGUGAAUUCAUUUCGUGUCCCGGCAACGCGGAACCGAAGCACGCAGUCAGUGCCAUCCCGGAACAGACCAUGGCAUGCAAUAGACCGGCUUUGGCGGUUGCAGAAUUCCCGGCCUCAACCCUCGACCACUGAUCAAUCCAUAGUCACACCAGAGUCCCGUGAACAAGAGACGUUGAGGUCAAGGUUGGCGAAUCUCCGCUUAUUCAACCGUGGUGCUACUUUUUCGACCAGAAAUCGCCCCUUGAGAGAGAGCCCGCAGCCCGCAGACCAGUUACGCCCAGAGGGCAACCGAACAUCGAACCAGCGUGAAGCCACUUCUUUUGUUUGAAUUCACUUUUGUCGAUUCAUACCAACAAUUGUGUGGUAUAUCCUAUUGUCAUUGACUUAAUUGUUUUACCAAUCAACAUCUGGAAUGUUGAUCAAGAUCCUGACACACUUGCAAGUACCAGGCCGUCUUGUAAAUAUGAGCAGGUGAUCUCUUUUUGAUGUACUAAUGACGACGAGAGCAUGGAGUCACUACUCUUAGGUCUUUUUGUCUGUCAUGCUGCAAACUACUAAUCAUGGACUCUUUGUCUUAUUUGGCGUUGGUGUUGGUGACCCAAUUAGCGUGAUUUGAGUAUUCAGCGGGAAAAU